CAGCUGCAGUAGUGCCAAUACUUUACUAGUAACUUACACUCAGGACAGGCUCAGCACAGGGGUCGGCAGGAGUCGGACUAAAAAUAUCUGAGAUUCAGUCAGUCAUCAUCUGCCUUUAGCCGCUGCUGGUGUUACCAGACACCAGAGAGAUAAUUCUUGUUGCCAUCUUCUUCUUGUUUGUGUCACAGACGUGUAAAGUGAACAUACAAACUAGUAUUAUGGUCUGGUCUGGAAGUAGAUCGAUUCAACUGUCUACAGUCUAUGUUCUGAACUUAAGCUUCUGCAAGAAUUGUGCACGGCCAAGAUAUCAUUUGCUGUACUAAUACCCUCUACUGGAUCCUUGUGAGUUUGUUUCAACAAGAAGCCGUCAGCCUCACAGUGAGAAGGAAUCCACACAGAAUCUUCCAAAAGAUAAGACUUUUUUUAUUAUCAUUAUUUUUUGACUUAAAGGGCCAUUAUACACUCAUUUUUUCUUUGCAUAAAUGUUUUGUAGAUUAUCUAUUUAUAAAGCCCAUAAAGUUUUUUUUUUUUUUUUUUAAAUGUAUAAUUUUGCUUAUUUUUAAAUAACAUUGCUCUGAUUUUCAGACUCCUAACCAAGCCCCAAAGUUUUAUUUGAAUACCGUCAGCUACCUACUCCAGCUUGCUCCUGUUUGUGUAAAGGGUCUUUUCAUAUGCAAAAGAAGGGGGAGUGUCUUAUUUCCCACCUGCAGUGGGCUUUCCAACUGUCUUUUCAACAGAGCUAAACUGAAAGCUUCUAAGCAGCCAUAUUGCUUCUGUAGGAGCAUUGAAAGGAGUACAUCAAAACACUGUACUAAAAAGGGCUGUCCGGUAUUGAUAAUACACUAAAUUUUAUUAUUGCCUCCGUCUUUAACUGCACCUGCAGAAGAUGUCAGAGAAAGGGGUGCGUGCAGUGUUGGAAACGAUGUGUAGUCUUGCAAUUCUUGCACCUACAAAACCUGAACAAUUGUUGAGCAGACGCAUAUUUGACAAUGUCUACAAGAAAGACAUCGGUUUUGGAUAAGGAUUCUAAAGACAUUCAACGUAUGCGCAAAGAAAUUAAUGAACGAAGAUAUGCUCGGAACGAUAUCAUCAAUUAUCAUCAGCCGAGUUAGAGCUGGACACUGAAGAUCCUGAUGCUCCUGAUGACGAAAUAUGGGGGGGGUGGGGCAGGCAGGCAUUUUAAACAGCCACAAGAGAAACAAACAAUUGAAGAAAAUGAGGUUUACUUGCCAAAUGAUGAAAUAUGGAUUUAUGAAUUUGACAGUGGCUUGUGGACAAUGCAUAUAACUGAUGGUGAUAUGCCUCCUUCCAUGUCUGGCAGUUGCGGUGCCUGCCUGAAUAGUAAUCUCUAUAUUUUUGGUGGAUAUGAUGACAAGGGAUACAGCAAUAAGCUGUACUUUAUGAAUCUUCAGCUAAAAUCUGGACACUACACAUGGAAGCACAUUAAAACGUUUAAAGGCCAGCCACCCACAGCGCGAGAUAAACUUUCUUGCUGGAUCUACAAAGACAGGCUAAUCUAUUUUGGAGGCUAUGGAAGCCGAAAACACAAUGAACUGAAUGAUUGCUUUGAUGUACACGAUGCAUCAUGGGAAGACCAGUUGUUUUGGGGAUGGAACAAUGAUGUCCAUGUUUUUGACACAAACACAAAUACAUGGCUUCAACCGGUUGUAAAAAAAAAUGCACCUAAAGCACGAGCUGCCCAUUCCUGUGCUGUGUUAGGAAAUAAAGGAUAUGUGUUUGGUGGGCGUGUACUGCAUACACGGAUGAAUGAUUUGCAUUUUAUAAAUUUGGACACUUGGACUUGGUCUGGAGGAAUUACAGUUAAUGGAGGGAAGCCACAGGGCAGAUCAUGGCAUACACUUACUCCUGUUUCUGAUGACCAGUUAUUCCUUUUUGGUGGGCUUAGUGCCGAUAGUGUGCCAUUAAGUGAUGAAUGGAUUUACAGUGUCAAAACUAAUGAAUGGAAACAGUUUAAACAUUUGGCUAAAGACAGGCCAAGGUUAUGGCACACAGCAUGCCUUGGAAAAGAAAGUGAAGUUUUGGUUUUUGGUGGUAGCAAAGAUGACCUGCUCUCAUUAGACACGGGCCAUUGUAAUGAUUUGCUCAUCUUUCAGAUUCAACCCUAUUCUUUGCUUAGGUUAUGCCUGGACUCCAUUGGGAAAAAUGCUUCAGUGUUGGAAAACCAAAUAUCAUUGUUACCUAAAAAACUUCUCCAACAAGCAAUGAAAAGAAUUACAUUUUGGGCUGCAACUAAAUACAGACAGAACAAGAAACAUCAUUACUAUGAUGAAGAGAACAACAAUGGUAUUUAAUUACCAAAGGGUGGGGAUACACAAAAUGCUGUUUUGCAAGUAAAACACCAUUUAUUGAUUUAUUUUUUAAAGCCAAGUGUUACAAGUAGUUGAUAUUUGUGACAACUUUGAGUUUUUAGUUCUUUAGUUACUUGAAAGGAAUUUGAUGUUUAAAAUGGUUACCUUUUAUGUAAAGGUCUUGUCAAAAGAAAUGUAUUAAUAUGUGUCUCUACUCCGUAGGAGCUUUGUGUGUUCCACAAAUUGUAUAGUACAUCAUCAAUACAUGAUUAUAUUUGAAUAAAACUGGGACAUGUACAUUGCAUUUUUGAAGUAGUCGUGGUUAAUUAACCUAUAGGAAAGUAGUCACAAUAAAAAAACCACUAAUAGAGGCAGCAGUGUUCUGUAUGCUCUGUGAAGAUAAGUGGCUACAUUUUAAUUUCUAUUUAAUAAAAAUUUUACAUAACAGAAAAAUGUAUGUUAAUUUCAGAUUCGCUUUCAAUUCCUUAUGCUGGAAUCUGUCAUUUUGAAUUGUAAUUGUUAAUUACUUUAACUGCAGUGAAGAAAAAAUGUUUAUCUACAUUAAACGGGCAUUGUACCCAAGUUUUUGUUUUGCACAUUAAAUGAGGUGUUUUACAAAUAUAUUGCAUUUUUUAUUAAAUUAAUGAUCUUGUGCUGAUUAAAACAACAAAAUGCUUAUUUCUUUCCAUCAGUACAGAUGUGGGGAUUGCCGUUUACAAACCUAUGAACAACUAAUACUGAAGUGUCAGUUUUUACGCAAACAUUUGUUUCCUGUUAGUUAUAAAGUUAAACAUAUUUUUGAAAAAUGCAUGGAAACCUAUUUUAACAUGAAAUUAAAUUGCUGUUAUUUCAUUGUGAGAGAGUUGUUCACGUACAAUGUCCAUUUAAUGUAUCCUUAGUCCAUGUUAAUGUAAUCCUGUUUAACAAAAAACAAACCCAUAAACUUUUGAAUGUCCAUAUACCAUGUUUAAUACGUUUUUGCAGGUAAUAAUAUCACAAAAACAUUCUUUCAGCAAACAUAAUUUUGUUUUAUACUCUAUUGCAGUGUUUAUCAACUUGUAGAGGUAUUGAAUACAGAGUUAAAGCACUGCUUUGCAGCUGCAGAGCACUACUGGUCCCAAGUGUAAACUGCCAGUAAUAUGAUCAGUAGCAGUAGUCACACAGGUGGGUCACUAUAAUGGCCCUUUAUCCUGGUAAUCCUAAAAAUCUGUUCUGUUAGUGUCCCCUGAGGAAUACAAUUGAGAAACUCUGCUCUGUUGUGAAAGUACAUAGAGCAAUGAUUCCAUAUUGCUGAACUUAUUUUGAAGGUGAUGGCUAAGUUCAGAAGAUAGUAGAAUAUACAAAUUAAGUUUUAUUGUGCCAUAGGUUUGCUGCUUCUAUUCUUGCAUAUACCUGCCUAUGUCCUCUUCUGCUAAAAGGAGAUAUACCAUCAGAUGCCCUCUCCAACUGGUAGAAAUAUGAGAUCAACUCCAAUAUUAUGAAAUCUUUCUUCAUAUGCUAUUAGUUUAAUGUUUUUUAAUGGUUUAUUGGUAACCAAUCCUCUAUUUUCUCAUUUUAUGUACUACAUUUCUAAACCUUCAAAUAAAAUUUGUCAGUUUAAAAAUAUUAAAGUUCAUCAACAAAUAUUUUAUUCCACAUUUAAGCAUAUUAUUGUCAUGAUGAUUUCUUAAUAAACUUGUGUUUGUUUUUUCCCAUAAAAUCUAAAAAAGUGGCUAGUAAAAAUAUGGUACAGUUUUUCUCUGUGUUGAAGGUUAAAAUGUAUACGUAUGCAAACAUGUACGUAUGUAAAAUAUGUUAUAUUUUUUGUUAAUGACUAUUCAAAAUAUAUAUUUUACUGUAUUUCCUGCUUUCUUAGUUAAGCUUUAUAUUGUUUAUUUUAUAUUCUUCUGUUCUGCUAUUGUAGAAGUCAUAAAAGUACUUUAUGUAACGUACAGAUUACCGUUGGGAAAACCACGACUUCUAAAAUAUUUUUCAGAUAUAAUAAAAACUUGAAACAGUA